GCUGCUCCCGCAUUCCCAGUGGAAAAUCCAACAUCCGUUCGCCUUUCAAUUGAUUUUCCCAGUUUCGAUUACAACUGGAACGCAACAUCAGAAUCUGCGUCAGUAUCGGCACCGUGUCGAUAGGUGGCGGUAGUGAACACAGGCGAUUCUGAGCUGUAGGGGAAAAAAACAACAAAAACAGCCAGCAGAAAAGCACAGAACCAAGAUGGCGGUGCAGGAGACAGCAGCCCAGCUGUCCAUGGCUCUGAAGGUCCAGGAAUAUCCCACCCUGAAGGUUCCGUAUGAGACCCUGAACAAGCGGUUCCGAGCGGCCCAGAAGAACAUCGACCGGGAGACGAGUCACGUGACCAUGGUGGUGGCGGAGCUGGAGAAGACGCUCAGCAGCUUCCCGGUGGUUGACUCCGUGGUGUCGCUGCUGGACGGAGUGGUGGAGAAACUCAGCGCCCUGAAGAGGAAGGCUGCUGAGUCGAUUCAAGCGGAGGAUGAGAGCGCCAAGCUGUGUAAGCGGCGCAUCGAGCACCUGAAGGAGCACAGCAGCGACCAGCCGGGUUCGGUCAACCUGUGGAAGAAGAAACGAAUGGACCGCAUGAUGGUGGAGCAUCUGCUGCGCUGCGGCUACUACAACACCGCCGUCAAGCUGGCCAGGCAGAGCGGCAUAGAGGAUCUGGUGAACAUCGAGAUGUUCCUCACAGCAAAGGAGGUGGAGGAGUCUUUGGAGAGGCAGGAAACGGCCACCUGCCUCGCCUGGUGCCAUGACAACAAGUCCCGCCUCCGCAAGAUGAAGAGCUGUCUGGAAUUUAGUCUGAGAAUUCAGGAGUUUAUUGAGCUCAUCAGACAGAACAAGCGCAUGGAUGCAGUGCGACAUGCAAGGAAGCAUUUCAGCCAGGCAGAAGGAGGGCAGCUGGAUGAGGUCCGGCAGGUGAUGGGCAUGCUGGCCUUCCCAUCAGAUACACACAUCUCCCCCUACAAGGAUCUUCUGGACCCGGCUCGCUGGAAGAUGCUGAUCCAGCAGUUCAGAUACGACAACUACAGACUCCACCAGCUGGGAAACAACUCUGUGUUCACCAUCACCCUGCAGGCCGGGCUGUCCGCCAUCAAGACUCCUCAGUGCUACAAGGAGGACAGCUCCUCUAAAAACCCAGACUGCCCCGUUUGCAGCAAGUCUCUGAACAAGUUGGCGCAGCCGCUGCCGAUGGCUCACUGCGCCAACUCCAGGCUGGUGUGUAAGAUCUCUGGGGAGGUGAUGAACGAGAACAACCCGCCCAUGAUGCUGCCCAACGGAUACGUCUACGGCUACAACUCCCUGCUGUCCAUCCGCCAGGACGACAAAGUGGUCUGUCCCAGAACCAAAGAGGUGUUCAGCUUCUCUCAGGCAGAGAAGGUCUACAUCAUGUGAUCACGUCCUCCACCAUGACGACUCAGUGGAGCUGUGACCUUUCACCCCAGUAGAUGACUUCCUCUUCCUCACACACAGCUGGGCUCUUCUUCUUCUUUCAGACUGUUUAGAUGUGACUAGGAGUUGUUUGACCUGAUCCAUUCAAGCACACAGACUAUCGACAUUUUCAUUAUCUUAAAGGCCUUUACUCUGAAUAUUAGAACCUAGAGGAAAAAGGACUGAGUGAAACUGUUAGUUAGAUGUUUGAUUUUACUACAACAAAUAAAAAAAGAACUUGUAAAGGAUCGCUCUGAGUUUUUCCUUUUUACUAACUUUUUUUUGUUUUUAUAAAUGUGAUUGGCUGCAUCGCUGGUCUCCAGCCGUUCUUCCUUUUUUUUAUGAUGGCUGAGGAACUCGUUUUGACUGAAACCUUCUGGUUGCCCAGCAGCACAUCCCAUAAUAUAUCAUCAUUACCUUGCAAUAACUCCUCAGUUCACAGGAGGCGCUGUUUCAGGUGGUCCUGCUAAAUUCUGGGUCAUCUAUUUUUGUUUUUUCUGAUUAAAUAAACUUUUUAUUUGACUAAUUUUCAUUUUGUUCCACCUUUCUGGAUUCAUUAGAUUUAAAUAUCUGAUGAUGCAUUUAUAGGUUAAAUUUUAGAUAAAAUCCUUUACCUUCUGUUGGCACCAACAGCAGGCCUCUAAUUCUUCACCAUGUUUUAAUAUUGUUCACAUGUAAACUAACUCAGUAGGAGCUGAUUUAAUGCAGGUUUUAUUCUCCCAUCUGUUGAUCGGCCCACGUGAAAUCAUCCCACUUGUGUCUGUCUGUGAUCUGGAAGUGUAUUUGUGACGAUGCCUCUGUUCUGUGUGUUUGUGUUGGUAGUAUUAGAAAUGGGGAGUGUUUCAUGAGCUGUGUGCCUCAUAAAGAUCUCAAUGAAA